AUGGCUUUCAACGAUAAUGACAAAAAAGACACAGCACCACUAGUGGCCUCCUGGUACAAAAGGAUUGUCUCUAAGGAUGGGCACAGCAAUCUAAAGACAGAGACCCUCAGUAGAAAAAGCAUUAUCUACCUAAAAGAUAUCUGGCCAAUUUUAAUGGAAAUGAAAUGGCGUUGGAUGUUACUGACUUUCUCAGGAGCUUUUAUUACUCAUUGGCUCUUUUUUGCCUGCUUUUGGUAUUUAUUGGCAUACACAAACGGGGAUUUAGAUUUGCCAGAUCAUAACAACCCUCCAGGAAACCACACCAUCUGUGUGAAAUAUAUCGACAGCUUUACAGCAGCCUUCUCAUUCUCACUGGAAACUCAGCUCACGAUUGGUUACGGAACCAUGUACCCUGAUGGUGACUGUCCUGCAGCCAUUGUGCUCCUUGCUGUCCAAAUGUUACUGGGACUUAUGGUGGAAGCUUUAAUUACAGGUGCCUUUGUUGCAAAGAUUUCCAGGCCAAAACUAAGAGCAACUGCAAUUAAAUUCAGUUACUUUGCUACUGUUGGACACCAUGAAGGGGAGCUUUGCCUGAUGUUUAGAGUAGCCAAUGUAAGGCAAAAUCCAUUAACACAUGUUAAAGUAACUGCUAUUUUAUACCAAGAAUACAAAGACCAACAUCUUCACCAGACAACCCUGGACUUCCACAUUGACAACAUGAACUCUAACGAAUGCCCAUACCUUGCUUUCCCACUCACGUUCUGCCACACUAUCAAUCAAAAUAGCCCGCUUUAUCCACUGAUACAAGGAGAGAUGCCAGCCUACUAUGAGAUAGUAAUUAUUUUGUCAGCGGAACAGGAAGGCACAGGUGAGACUUACCAAAAGAGAACCUCAUAUAUCCCAGAGGAAAUCAAAUUCAAUCAACAGUUCGCCUCUGUGAUAAGCUGCACUUCCAAAGGAUACUACAAAAUUGCCAUGGAGAACUUUGACAAGACAGUUUCUGGAUUUCCUGUGUUACUUAAUCCAAAGAAAACAAGGCAGAAUGAUUUUGUUGUCAGCAUCAAUGGUGAUCAUGCUGACACUACCUUAUUCAGACAUAGUUCUGUCUGA